AUGACCUUUUUCCUUGUGACGUUCUGCUGCGUCUUUGCAGCCCUAGGAUCAUUCCUGUUCGGCUAUGAUUCUGGCGUGAUUUCCUCCAGCAUUGAGCAAGAGGCCUUUCUGCGCCGAUUCGGUUCCCCAGGCCUCUCUGACGCGGCGGCCGGUGGAAUCAUCUCCUCGUAUACAGGCGGAGCUAUCUUGGGCUCGGUCCUCGCCCCAUAUAUCUCGGAUCAGUAUGGUCGUCGAAUGGUCAUUUUCACUGGGGGACUACUGGCGACACUGGGGGCGGCCCUCCAGGGAGGAGCGGUUACAGUUGCGAUGCUGAUCGCGGGUCGAUUCAUCGCGGGCUUGGCAAUUGGUCAAAUGUCUGCCACUAUUCCCGUAUACUGUAGCGAGGUCGCUCCGCCGCAGAUUCGAGGGAUGCUGGCGAGUAUCCAGCAAUGGAUGAUCGGGUUGGGAAUCAUGGUCGCUCAAUGGACGGGGUAUGGAUGCUCCCUGCGCGGGGGCACUUUUUCCUGGCGGUUUCCACUCUCAUUUCAGGUCGUUCCGGCUAUUAUCCUCACUUGUGGCGUUUGGUUUCUUCCAGAGUCACCAAGGUGGCUGAUUGAAAAGGGCAGACAUGGCGAGGGCCGGUCUGUUCUCGCUAGACUUCACCUCAACCGCAGCGCAACCAAUGAGAAAUUCCUCGAGGACGAAAUCGCCCAGAUAUGCGACUGUCUCGAGUCGGAAAAGCAGUCAGCGGUGCGCUCUUGGCGCCAACUCCUCCGAUCCCCGCGCUGGCGACGCAGGAUUCUGUUAGCUUGCGGUCUGCAGGUCUUCACGCAGUGCUCUGGCACAAAUGUUGUUCAAAAUUAUGGCCCGCGGCUGUACAAAUCGCUCGGUCUAUCGACAACCAGAUCACUGAUGAUCAUCGGUAUCUGGGGCGCGCUGGCGGUGUUCUGGAACACGGUGUUCAUGUUAUUCAUCGAUAAAGUCGGACGUCGAAAGCUCCUUAUCCCAUCGCUGUUCGGCAUGGGAGCAGCCAUGUGCGUCGAGGCAACCCUCGCACGAUACUUCGACUUCGACGACAGCAACGCCAACCCAGAUGCCCUGCGCGCCGCCAUUGCCAUGUUCUUCGUUUUCUCACUCUUCUUCACGGCUCUGGGAAUGAUCUCCUGGAUCUACCAGUCCGAGAUCUUCCCCACGCCGAUCCGAGCGCGUGGUUCGUCUAUGGCCACGGCCACAAAUUGGAGCUUGAACUUGAUCUUCGCGCAGUGCUCCCCGAUCGCACUCACAAAUAUCGGGUAUAAGUACUUCUACUGUUUUGUGGGAUUCAACUGGGCGGCCAUGAUUGUUGUUUGGCUCUACUACCCGGAAACUGCAGGCCGUUCACUCGAGGAGGUUGAGGGUGUCUUCACGAUUGAAAUGACGGACCUGGCCGACGAAUCUCCUGUUAGCCAGAACACCGUUGGCACUGCGGCGCGCUCUCAGGUUCGGCGCAAGGGCUUGCAUCCACUGUCGAUGAAUCCCACUUUUGAUACUAUGAGUAUUGAGAGUGGGAGGUGUGGGUCCGAGAAGGGAAUUGAGGUCAAGGAGAUUUGA